ACCCUUGCGCUCUCUCGCUCCUAAAACCUUAGCCGCCCCACCUCCUCCUCUGCCUCCUCCCGUCUCCGCCGUCCGUUGUUCUUCUUCGCUCCGGUCGAUCUUUUACGAACCCGUCGGUAGACCGAGAGCGAGAGGGAUGGGGAGCGACAGCGAGGUUGAAAAGUCUGUGAAAGAGAGGAAGAAGAUGAUGGCCGUUGCCCCCAUCGCCAAACCCCUCGCCGGCAAGAAGCUCUGCAAGCGCACCCUCAAGCUCGUCCGACGAGCUGCUGAGGCGAAGUGCUUGAAACGGGGAGUGAAGGAAGUAGUAAAGAGUGUCCGCCGUGGCCAGAAAGGAUUGUGUGUUAUUGCUGGUAACAUUUCCCCUAUUGAUGUGAUUACUCAUGUGCCCAUCUUAUUGGAGGAAGCUGAUAUUCCCUACAUAUAUGUUCCUUCGAAGGAGGAUCUUGCAGUUGCUGGGGUCACCAAGAGGCCAACAUGCUGUGUACUGGUCAUGACCAAGCCAACCAAAGGGGAGCUGGCCCAGGAGGUGCAAGAGAAGUUGCAGGGAGACUUCAACCAGGUCUCAGCAGAUGUGAAAGAGAUGGCAUCCUCCCUCUUCUGAGAUUGGGGAACGUUUAAGCUCACCUUACGUGCCAUCUAUGCUUCUUGGUUGUUCCGUAUAAUCUGACUUGCCAACAUGCUCAGUGUUGUGUUUAUGAGUCACCAUCACAUAAUGGUGGUGUAUCAUUAGCAGUGUUUUAAAUAUUUACUGUAGUCGAUCUAAAUACCUGUGCAUGAGCUUUAUCUACCCCUUACGUUACUAGUCUUACUCUUCUUCCCUCAGCUGUGCAGUGAUUGUAGAAGCUUGAUGUUGCGGAUACAGAUGGAGAAAUGGGUUGAUUGCUAUGCAGGGUAGUUGAAAGUGGUGGAAUUCUGGUUCAUUGUCAGGUUUUGUUGUUAGUCUAUUGACUGGUAACGUCAUGUCAGUCCAAGAAUUCAAGAUAUCAAUCUAAAGUUUGCCUUAUUUUAGAACA